AUGAGGGUCUUCCUGGUCAUCUUCAGCCUCGCUAUCCUCCAAGCCGUGGCCGAAGAUGGAUCGCAGACGCAAAAUGAGCAGAAAGAAGAAGUUCCUUCACCCGAGAAGAACAUUGCUACUGAACAACCACCCCUAAUCGAUAAAGGGAAUGUGGUCAAUGAAGAGAUAGUUCCCGAGAAACCGAGUGGUGAAAUGAUCUCAUAUGCGGAGCUAGAGCAAUUUGCCAAAGCUGGACGUCACUUUAUGGUUACAGUUGUCGCUGAAGACGGUAAAAUGUCCCGUGAUCAACUUAAGAAACUGCCAGACAUAAGUAAAGAAUUUGCACAAUUCAACGAUGCUCUUAAGAUCUAUUCGGUAAGCUGA